AUGAGCCAAGUCGGUUCCGUCGCAGGGGCAACGCUGAGGCAGAUCGUUGUAGCCAAGCUGGUGCCAUCGCUGGAUGGAGAUUUCCAUUUCGCUGCUGUUGAUGAUUCCGAGAUGGGACAGGUUCGAAGAGGUGGCUCUGGAGGAAAACAUGGUGUUCGAAGUGGCUGUGAGGCGAGCACUAUGAGCUGGGAACAUGGGUUUGGUCCUCUUGAAGAUCAAGGCAUGGACGGAGGGCUGGCUGGCUGUGAUGACGGCAUGCUGGGCUGUCCUGGUGCUGGUUCCGGUGAUGGAGAGGGUUUUCAGGUAGAUCGUACUGACCAUGGCUCCUUAAGUGAUGAAAGUAGGGGCUGUGUAGCUCAUGAUGCGGAUUUGAUGGUUUUGGAAGGAAGAGGUGAUGGUGGAGGUGCUUCUAAGCCCUCUUUUCAGAAGCGUGUUAAGGAGAUGGUGCAGAAAUAUAAUCCGGAUAUUUUGGUGGUUAUGGAAACUCGUGUUGGGGUUAAUAGAGUAAGGGAAAUCACUGAGAGACUCCCUUUUGAUGGAGCUAUUUGCUCUGAUGCAGUUGGAUUUACUGGUGGAAUAUGGGUGCUUUGGAAUUCUGGAAAAGUUGAUGUUGCCCAUUUGGCUAGUACUGAACAAGAAAUUCAUUUUACGAUUAAGGUACUCAAUUCUAAUGUUGUUUGGCUUUUUUCUGCUGUUUAUGCUAGUCCUAGAUGUGACGAAAGACACAUUUUGUGGAAUAACCUUAUGAAAGUAGCAGACCUUCACAAUAUGCCUUGGGUUAUAGCAGGGGAUUUUAAUGAACCUUUGGUUAAUGAUAAUAAAUUUGGUGGUAGAGCAGUUAGUGUUAACAGCUCUCUUUUGUUCAAGGAGUAUUUAGAUAAAUGGAAGAAAAUUCUGAUGGCUAGGAUCAAUGGUAUUCAGAAGGCUAUUGCUUCUAAACCUUCUAGUUUUCUUCUAAAGUUGGAAGUGGAUCUCCUUAGGGAUCUUGAUCUUGUUCUCAAUCAAGAAGAGGAGUUAUGGGCUCUGAAGUCUCGGGUUAAUUGGUUGGUUCAAGGGGAUCGUAAUACAGCUUUCUUCCAUGUUUCAACCUUGGCUAGCCUUGUGGAUGGGGAAAGGGAGAGCAUUGGUGGAGAGGUUACUGAAGCAGAAAUCAAAGCUGCCUUGUGGUCCUUAAAACCUUUUAAAGCCCGGGGUCCGGAUGGACUUCAUGCGGGCUUCUUCCAAAAAUUUUGGCCGGUAGUGGGAGACUCUAUGAUUGAGGAAGUUAAGCAGAUCUUUAGGAAUGGGAAAGUGCCUGAGCAUCUGAAUAAGACUCUUAUUUCUUUGAUUCCUAAGAUCCAAGGUCCUGAGACUUUAGGUAAUUAUAGACCUAUUAGUUUGUGUAAUACGGUGUAUAAAGUGGUGACCAAGAUUAUUGUGGCAAGGCUGAGACCAUUCUUGGACAAGCUUAUUUCUCCCUUACAGACGGCUUUUGUUCUAGGUAGAAAGGGUAUUGAUAAUGCCAUCAUUGCCCAAGAGAUAAUUCAUUCCCUUGGGAAAAAGAAAGGGAAGACAGGGUGCAUGGCCUUAAAGAUAGAUUUGGAGAAGGCGUAUGACAAGCUUGAGUGGGGGUUUAUUCGGAACAUGCUUAUUAGGAUUAACCUUCCCACACAGCUCAUAGAUGUUAUAAUGAGUUGUGUGUCGACGGUCUCCACUUCCAUAUUGUUUAAUGGGGAAGUUUUGGAGUCAAUUCUUCCUUCUAGAGGAAUAAGGCAGGGUGAUCUGCUCUCUCCGUAUCUUUUCAUCAUUUGCAUGGAUUUUCUUGGUCAGUUAAUAGAAGAGAAGUGCAAUAUGAAGACAUGGCAGCCAGUUAAAGCCUCUCAAAGUGGUCCUGAAUUCUCUCAUCUUUACUUUGCGGAUAACCUCAUCCUUUUUGCUAAGGCAGAUUGGGUUAAUUGCGCCGCCAUUAAAGAUGUUCUUGAUGAUUUUUGUGAGUUAUCUGGGCAAUCAGUAAGUGAAGCUAAGUCAAAGGUGUAUUUCUCUCCUAAUGUAGACCGUGACACAAGGGAAUCUCUUUGUGACAUUCUUGGGUUUGCUUCCACUCCUUUCUUGGGGAAGUAUCUUGGGUUCCCUCUCAAGCAUCCUGGUUCUUCUACUCAGGAGUACAAUUUCAUCCUUAAUAGAGCAAAACAAAAGCUUUCGGGUUGGAAGGCUAACAUGCUCUCUUUGGCGGGGCGGAAUGUUCUCAUUCAAGCCUCUUUAGCUGCUGUUCCUUCAUAUGUUAUGCAGUGUAACUUUUUGCCAGGUAGAAUUUUGAAUGGGUUAGAUAGAUUGAAUCGAAAUUUCCUGUGGGGUUCUUUUGAGGCUGCCAAGAAGAUUCACUGGGUUGGUUGGGAUAAGGAGAUAAAGUCUAAGGAGGAAGGGGGGCUUGGGUUGCAAUCUGCAAAGGGGAAGAAUAUAACUCUCCUUUCUAAGCUUAAUUGGAGGUUCCAUACUGAAAAGGAGGCCCCUUGGGCUAGAGUUUUGAAUAUGAAAUAUUGUAAUCCUAGAAGAAGAGUUGCUACCAAUGCUAACAGACUUCCUUGCUCUCACAUUUGGGCUACGAUGAAGAAAGGUAUGGACACUUUCAAUAAGGGUAGCAGGUGGAUGGUUGGUAGGGAUAGUGGGCUUAAUGUGUGGCAAAGCAAUUGGACUAAUGGAGGUUCUCUUAGAGGUUUGAUUCAGGGUCCUAUCACGAGGGAGGCUAGCCAGUUAGAAGUUAAAGAUUUUAUGAUAGACAUUGGUUGGGAUUGGGGGAAGAUUCCCUUUGAACUUCCUGUUGAGGUUAGAAGGUUGAUUCAAGCAACCCCAAUGAAUUUGUUGAGUAGAGGUGUUGAUAAGUUGGCUUGGUCGGGGUCUCCUAAAGGUACUUUUGACUUGAAAAGUGCUUAUAGGAUUGCCAUGGGGGAUGAAAGGAUAGAUCUUUUUCCAGCUCAUUGGAUUUGGAAAGUGAAUACUCUUCCAAGGAUUAGAACUUUUCUUUGGAAGUGUGCCUAUAAUAGCAUUGGAGUUAAGGUUUGCCUUGAGAAGAGGGGUGUUAGUCUUGAUACUACUUGCCCUUUAUGCCAGGAAGGAGCUGAAAGCAUUUUACAUGCCCUGAGAGAUUGCCCUCUUUUAAGAGGCCUGUGGAAUCAGUUGGGGGUGUUACCCUCUAAUCAAGCCUUUUGGAGGAGCAACCUUCAAGAUUGGCUGAUGUUAAAUAGUAAAUUUAAGCACAGUUUAGGUGCUACUCAACCUCCUUGGAAUGUUGUUUUUCCUUUUGCUGUGUGGAAUGUCUGGAAGAGUAGAAAUAAUGCGGUCUUCAAUGGCAAAUGUUUGGCAGGCUGUGGAGGGGUGAUUAGAGAUGAUGCAUGUAGGUGGGUUAUGGGUUUUAGUAGAAGUAUUGGCAUGACCAACAGUUUUGCCGCUGAGCUAUGGGGUUUAAGGGAGGGUCUUCUUUUAUGCAACAACCUUAACAUAAAUGCUCUUGAAGUUGAACUUGAUGCCAAAUCUAUUGUGGAUGCCUUAGAAAAUCCUUCUUAUGUGAAUAAUGUCAUAUCGCCUCUAUUGGAUGAUUGCAAGUUAUUGAUUUCUCGCAUUCCGCAGUUUUGUAUUAAGCAUUGUUUCCGUCAGGCGAAUAGGUGUAAGGAUAGUCUUGCUAGAUUGAGAUUUUGUCUUGAUGUUGAUUUUUCUACCUUUGAUAGUCUGCCUGUGGACCUUAUAGAUGUUUUUGAGGAUGACCUCAAUGGGUUGUUUUGUAAUAGGGUCUGUUCUGUUUGUAUUGUUGCUGCUUAG